AUGGCAACCCUAAACUACGACAAAUCUGAGCUCAAGAUUCCCCCACCCACUGGAUGGCCAGGUAUCACAACAGAAUCUUGUGGAGGUACAAAGUCCGACUACGCUGUCGAGGUUUUGCGCCAUCUACCUUACUUCAACAGCAAAGGCAAAUCUCAUAUCCACUAUAAAUCUAAACUAUGGGACCUUACCACUUGGACCGCCGACGAUUUCGAGAAGCACAGAGAGAUCUACGAUUUCGUGGAAUUCUGGUCAUCGGAAAGUGAGCAAGAUCCUGGCGAUGUUAUCUGCAUUGCUGAAGGCUAUGAAAGCUACGGUCGCGGACUAUGGCUUCUUGUAAACGAUUGUGAAAUAAUCGAGGACAUGCUGAAGGCGGAUACACUAUCUUCUGUCCCAGUUGAAGAAUUCUUUGCAAAGCUCAAGGAUCAAUACGAAAGAUUACAGCUGAUUCCUGGAGAGGACAAGGUUGCAAUUGAGGCAGAGAAUGUUCCAGAGCGCCGUGAGAGGAUUUCAGAGGAGGAGGUGAAUAGCCAAUCCGUGGAAUGGCGAACAGACCUUGAUGUACAGUAUAUAAGGCAGGUUUACCGUGACUAUGGGUGGCCCCAUUCCUUUGAUUCCAAGGCUGCUUCCAAGGCAAUAAACGAUUGGCUGGAACCUGGAGGUCUAUAG